AUGUCUGAUAAGUUCAAUGGAUUCAGUCAAGACGAAAUAAAUCGUGUUUCGGGCCAAAAGAACAAAAAACUUCCAAUCGAUAAUGGCAUUAAACCAGCAACAUUUCGUGGACACGGUGGCAUCAGACGAAUGCCAGACAAAAGUGAAAUCAAUCGCCUCCAGAAAAUGCAAAAUAACAUGGCAGCAAAUAAAAGAAAUCUAACAGAUAAAAUUCAACAGAUGGACACCAAUGAUUCCAUGGAAGAGAUCAAUUUGGAUGGCAGUCUGUCCAAGUCAAUAGAAGAAGCUUUAUUCUAUAAACCGCCUGUGAAAUCACAACAACAACAGUCGAACGAAUCCAAAACACCAACUACCAAUACAACAGCAAGAACACCAACAUUGACAACGUCACGUCCAAAUAUUGCUGCUGGUCAGCCAUAUACUCACAAAGAAUUAGAAUCACAGCAACAACAACAAACACAGCAAACAUCAAGCAAUACUUCUUCCAUAUUGAAAUUAAAUUUGGAAGAUGAAAGCAAAAUAUCUUCAACAAGUUCCAAUGGCAAUAGCAUGGAAGAUGUUGAUGAUUCGUCUAUUUUACCAUCAUCAUCUACAAAUGGAAAACCUACCGAUGCCUUUGUCCCGCCAAGUUCAUUAAAUGUACAAUCACCAUUCCGUGGAAUAUCAUUGAAAGAUUUUGAAUCGCAUCGAAAAAUGAUUGAAGAACAAAAUCGUCAGAAAAAAGAUCUACUCUAUAAAGUUAUUGAACAGCAUUCUCAAAAAACUGCCGCAGAAGCGCGAAAAAUUGAAGAAAUCAAAGCUGAGCUUUCCAAAUUGGACAACGAUUUAGCAGUCGAUGUAGCCGUACUGAGGAAACAAAUUGAAGCAGCCUGUAUACAUUUCUCAAAUGUCGAAAAAAAUUAUUUAAAAAUUGAGGCACAAUUCCUGAAAGCCAAAAUGGAUUUACACAAUGCUUCAGAGAAAAAGGAACUGUUAACAGAACAUUUGUGUACUGUUAUAGCCCACAAUGAAGAUCGUAAAGCACAAAAGUUAACAGAACUAAUGGAAAAAGUUGGCUUAUCCUCUCCCAAUAAUGGCGAAUAUGAACCCCCAAGUUCAACAUCAAAGUGA